GUCAAGUCGCAUCAAGAUAUUACUGUAAUCCCUUCACUUAAUUCAGCUCCACAACAGACCAAUGUUAAGAACCAGAGAAACAACCACAAGCUGAAGAUCUCAGGAGCUUUAUGCACAAUCUCUUUAUUUUGAUGGAAAAUUUAGAUUUUUGAAUCGGACGUUGAGAUUCGAUAGAGAUAUGGGGACGCUUGGGACUGCUUUCUUUACAUCCUUCCAAGUUUCCAAAAGGUUUAUUUGCAUUUUUGUCAUUUGCAAUGACUAACUGGUGCACCAGUGGAAUAUGACAUGGGGGUGUUGAAGAAAUUAGGUUGAGGAUUUUUCAGGCCUUUUGGGAUUUUCUUGGUUAGAGAAAAAAGCCACCAGGAAAAGCUAUGGGGUGUGGGGUCACAAAAACAAGUGAAUUCAAUAAAAGAUUUAACAAAGAUGGAAAUGUCAUCCCAGCAAUAAGGGCCGCAGUAAUAAUCCAGCGUUGGUAUCGGCAGUACGUGUCCCGUAUGGAGGUGAGGCGCAGAUAUACCUGGAACAUCUUCCAGUCCAUGGAGUACUCAGACCUUCAAGAUCAGAUCAAAUUAUACAAUUUUCUGGGAUACCUGGUGGAUAACUUCACUCCAUCAAGCAGUGAAAGAAACCUGAUCUCACAUAUCUUCAGAGAGCACCAUGUAUGCCGAGACGCGGAGUGGGAGAGAUAUUUCAGCUACACUAAUAUCGAUGUGCCGGACAUUUACUCUGGUCCACGGUUGACCUUUCCACUAGACAUGGAUCAAGCUGCAAAUCUUGUAGAUGCCUUUAAAAACAAACAACAGCUUCAUUCUCGUUACGUCCUUCAGCUUCUUCUUGAAACGUGGAAGCUGCUUCGUGUUAUGCCAAACAUUAACCGAGUCUCCACAUGCCAUAGCAAAGAAAUCACAAUUUGUGGUGAUUUACAUGGACAGUUAGAGGACUUGCUACUCAUAUUUUACAAGAAUGGAAUGCCAUCAUUGGAAAAACCUUACAUCUUCAAUGGAGACUAUGUGGACCGAGGCAAAGAUUCAAUUGAGAUUCUUCUCACAUUGUUUGCGUUUUUACUUGUAUAUCCGGGAGAUGUUUAUCUUAAUCGAGGAAACCAUGAAGACCACAUUAUUAAUCUGAGGUAUGGCUUCACCAAAGAAGUGCUGAAGAAAUACAAGAUGCAUGGAAAGCGAAUCCUCAAGUUACUCCAGAAGAUCUUCAGCUGGUUGCCUUUAGUGACAGUGAUUGAUCACAGAGUGCUGGUGGUUCAUGGAGGAAUCUCAGACUCGACUGAUCUUGCUCUGAUAGCUCGAGUGGACAGGCACAAGUACGUCUCCGCCCUGAGACCUUCAAAGAAGACCAACACAUCACGCAGUUACCUGUAUGCACCCGCUGAGGUCUACGACGAGACGAUGAUCUGUAAAAACAGACGAGGUUCCAUGACGUUUCCCAAACCGUUCGGCUCUCGAGAUUGUUUCCAGAGACGCUCGCUGCAAAACUUCUCAGCUGCCAUCGUUCGGACCGUUGAGGAGGAGCUCGAGGUCCGUCGCAGACAAGCAAGUCUGUCCAGCUUCAGCAAGUCUCAUAACCUUCUAGCCUCGGCUCUCUCCUCCGAGUCUGAACCAGAAUCCUCCGAAUUCACAGACACCAACAUUGAUGAGUGGAAACAGAUUUUGGAUCUGUUAUGGAGUGACCCCAUGUCUCAGGACGGCUGUAUUCCCAAUGAGGUCCGUGGUGGAGGCUGUUACUGGGGUCCGGAUGUCACCGAAGACUUUCUGAAUAGACACAACCUCCAGCUGAUCAUCCGCUCACACGAGUGCAAGCAGGAUGGAUAUGAGUUCUGCCAUAAUCGUAAGGUCCUCACGCUCUUCUCAGCCUCUAACUACUAUGAAGUCGGCAGCAAUAGAGGAGCUUUCAUCAGACUCGGUCCUGAUCUCGUGCCUUACUUUGUUCAGUAUCAAGCCACACGUUUGACCCGUGGACUGAACUUUCCACAGAGUGUCAAAGGCUCAGAGCACACGGCUCUUAAAGUCCUGCGAGAGCAACUGUUUGCACACAAGUCUGAUUUAAUCAGUGCCUUUCAAGAGUUUGAUCAAGAAAACACAGGAUUGAUCUCUUUGGAUGACUGGGCCGAUGCUAUAGAGCGAGUCCUGCACUUGGAUCUUCCCUGGCGAGUUCUCCAUCCACAGUUAGUGUCCAACAGCACUGAUGAGACGCUUAAUUAUCAUGCCUGGUUCCGCGAUCUCGCCCUAAAAAAGCCCAGCUGUGAGCACAUUGAGCAGAAAUUGCUGGAGACUCUGUACAGACAUCGAUCCACAAUGGAGACCAUCUUCAGAAUAGUGGACACAGAUAAUUCAGGGUUUAUCACAUUGGAGGAUUUCCGUCAGACAUUGAAACUGCUCAGUGCCUAUCUAAAAAUGGAGAUUUCUGAUGAUGCCAUCAAUGAGUUGGUUGUCAACACAGACGCAAAUAAUGACGGUAACAUCGACAUUGAUGAGUUCAUGGAGGCUUUUCGGUUGGUGGACAAAAGCAGGCUUGAGAGAAGCAGAAGUCUGUUAAAGUUUAAGCAAGAAAACCAGGACCAACCUCAAGAGGAACAAACCCCACAGACUGCUGAAUCUCUGGAUCCACAUAUCACAGGUUCUUUAGAUCCACAAACUGCAGAUUGUUUGGAUUUAAAGACUGAUGUCAAUAAAAUUUCCUACACCACAAUAACUAUUGAUAAGUGACACUAUUGUAAAAUCUAGGCAUGGAUGAAGCUUCAUACCUACAGUGCUUAUAAACAGGAUACAAAUUUGGGAAAGGAUGUUUUUGGAUUGGCAGAUGUGCACUUUCAUAUGAAAUGUUUUGCCUAUACAAUUGAACAUACAUUAUGUAAUCAAAAUUAAUUUUUGUCUCCAAAAUGUUUUAAUAAUAACUAUGUUGUUACAGGAUCAGUUUAUGGCACCAAUGGACUGCCAUAGUAGAAAAAAAUACAAUGGAAGUUGAUGGGUGCCGUCAAAUCUUCAUUUAUUAAUAUAUCUUCAUUUUGUAAUAAUGUCUUUUAUUUCUGUAUAAGUGUGCUAAGCAGCCAUGUUUCCAGUAAAAUUUAUUUUAGUCAAAGAGGCGUGAUAAUAUUUGGCCUUGUGCUAUUACAAGAAACAAAUUUAUUGCAUAAAAUAGAGUGGUGUAAAAAACCUCAGAUCCAUUAUAUGCAAAAAAUUGUUAUGCCAUCUGUUAGUAAGUCGUUUUUUUUUAAGUAUGUGUGCGGCUCACGUUACUGAAAAUGAUUUUUGAGGAUGUUAUUACCACAGUCGCUGAUUCACACGUUUACAGUGUCAGUCUUUUUGUGUAGUCAUAAUGCUGAUGCAAAACGAUUUUCAUAUCAAGUAAGCAAAAACCAUGUGUUCUUUGUCACAUGCAGAGUUUGGGGGGUA